CUGCAGCAUUCCCUGACGGCUUUCCGCCGCCGCCGCCUUCUACCUCUCUUUCCAGGCAAUUUCGCUCCCAGCCUCCCGGUCCAAACUUCCGCGCCCCGGUUCAUCUCCACCGAACUGCUACUCUGGACUCUGGAGGCUGUUGAAACUGCGGAGAGCGUUUCGAACUUCGUGGAAGUAGGGUAUCUAUCCAGUGUCCACGGACUUCACGGAGAGAUUUGUGUUGAGCCCACUACGGAUUUCCCUAAACUACGAUUUUCCAAGGCGAAGCAACUUAUUGGAUCAGCUUUGCUAGUCAGAGAAGAUGAUAGACCUGAGCUCGAGGAAGGGGAAUUCUAUACUCGUGACCUGGUUGGCAUGAGAGUGAUUCUCAAGGAUACAUCUAAAUGCGUGGGAACUGUUGUUGACGUUUUCAACAGUGGGGCAUGUGACUUUUUGAGAGUCAUGCUUUACUCGUCAACAGAUGCAAUUGAUGUAACUGAAAUGCCGGUGGUUGUAGAAGCUGGUGCCUCUGGCCCUCUUGUGUGGGUGCCAUUUGUUGAAGCAAUUGUUCCAGAUGUCGAUAUGAAUAAACGAGAAAUGUGGAUCACACCCCCCAAAAGGACUCCUUGAGCUGAAUGUACGUUUGGAUGAGAGGUCCAAGAAGGAAAGGCUCCAGCUUGUGAGGAAUGGAAAGAAAGAAAAAGGCUCCAGCGACAGCUUAUAGCUGCCAAAAAAAAGUUAGUUGACAUAGAGCAAAAACAUGUAUUUGAUGGACUCAGAUAUGGAGAAAAGUCCGAAAGGAGCUUGUUGGCAGAUGAAAUUGUUGCAGUAAAUUCCAAUCUCCUUCAGCAUGCACUAAAAAAAUAUUGGGAUGUCAUCUAACAGGUCGAGUACAACUGAAUUGGUUGGUGCAACAAGAGCCAAGCUAAAGAAUGGUUUUCUUAAGAUUCCCAAGGAUGGGCUUAGUACUAGCUUCAGUGUAAAUGAUUUGGGAGCCAAUUUGCGUUUUCAUGAAAGUGGAUGCCAUCUCUUAUCUGAAGGAAAAAUCGGAAUCGUCUUGGUUGUGAACCAUCAACUUGUUGACUUGAAAGGCAGUAAGACAGAAAAUUCACCUUGUACAUUACUUACCAAACCACUUUCCGACAGCCAGAUGUUUGUAAAGAUGGAAGAUCGUGGAUCUGUCCCUUGGGUUCUGGUUUGUCCUGAGCAAGAGAUCCAGCCUCUGGAAGUAAUAUUUUCAAGCAACGACUUCUUUGGAUUCGACUGCAAUAAGGUUUGGUUUCUGGAGGAAGAGAAGCUUCCUGUUGUUACAAGUUCUGCAGACGAAAACAGCAGGAAUAAAAUCUUGAUGAAGUCCCCAUGGGAAAUGCUGAAGUAACCUGUUGGAUCUGGAGGUGCUAUUCAUUUGCUUUCAUCGCAAAACAUUCCCAAUACCCUCAGUGAAAUGGGUGUAAAAUAUAUCGAGGUUUGCAGCACUACCAAAAUGCUCAGCGGCUGGAAUCCUCUGUUGGCAGGACUGGUUGAUUUACAGGGAGCAGAUGUUGGUUUCCAGAUCUCUCAGGAUUUGAGCCAUAUGGAAGAGAGUUUCGACUUGAUAUUUUCGGUGGACUUCGUCAAGUCAUUGGCGAAGCAGAUGGACAAACUCCAUUUCGAGGCGAUCCUGAAGGCAAAUCUGCACGUACAGCUGGUUGAGAAAGAGUGGGUUGAUAAUUGAUAUUGUGCCCUCGUCUCCGAACUCGUACGAACUUCGAUGUUCAAUUUACCGUUGCAUAAAUGCCUGCUCCCUGGACAAAGUCUGAUCAUGGAAACAGUAGAAUAGUUUGUUCAUAAAGAAUCCUGUUUGGGGUCAAAGGAAAUUUGAAAUACAUAGAACAGCCACCUCUAGUUCCUAUGGGUUUUACUCGGUGAGCAUUUCAGAAGUGGUCUUAUGAAGGCAUCUGUACAACAGAGUAUACGAAAAACAAUUUAUGUUGUAAGUUAAAGCUGGUCUUCACUAAUAGUUAAUCAGAUCUCGAAC